AUGGCAGAAAAUUCGCCAAUUGUUCAAGACGCGGAGGACGAUACUGCAGGUGUACCCGGUAAUAAUCAAUUGCUACUAAAAUUCAUCAAUUCCGCCCAUUUUACGCUGUAUACGAACAUUGAGUACUUGACCCGAUAUUCACAAAACAUUGGCAUUUACUUCUACUUGUGUCAAAAACUGCUAACUUUUCCACACAAUGAGCUUCAAUUUUACAUACCCCAACUGGUGCAAGUUCUUCUUACUGUGGAAACAGAGUCAAUUGCUCUGGAAGAACUUCUGCUCAAACUGAGCGGGGAAAACCCACAUUUUGCGCUUUUGACGUUCUGGCAAUUGCAGGCUCUAUUGGGCGAUUUAUCCCUAGAUCCAUCGAGCUACGGGUUUCAGGUAGCUCGUAGGACCAUCAACAGUUUACAAAACGUUCUCUUUAAUCCUUCCAAGGCUGCAUCAGAAAAUGAAAAAAUGAACGAAAAUAUUGCGCCAGCACUUAUAGCUUGCUCCCUGGUAAUGGGAUCUUGCGCCCUUCCGACAGUGCUCGAAGCGACUAAACCGUUGAUACAGUCCCAAGGAAAACGUCAAAAAAGCUAUGUUUUCAAACUGGCAAAGAACGCUAUGAAAAACCUAACGAAAAAUCUGACAAUAAAAAACACUUUAACGAAUCAGAGGCGAACUCAAUCCAACGGAUCGCUGGAACCAUCGUCGCCCAUUGAAUUGGUCGACGGUGGAACAACUAGGGAAGAUACGUUGUUCAAGAAACCUAGACAAAAGUCCAUUACAUCCUUGAACUUUGACAUAAUAGACGACGUGGGCGAAAAAAUGUUCCAGGACCGCAUAUCGAACACUAUCAAGCAGCCUAAACGGAAAUCAAGAGUUAUUGACCACUCAUAUGUUCACAGAGUUUAUCGAGAAUCGAAGCAACUUGGUGGUGCAGAUUCGUUGUAUGAAGAGGAUUUCACGAACUCAUUACCAGAUCUGCAUAAAGAGGUGGCGAAGAAUGAUAUUGGAGACCCGCUUCAAUCUUCGAGGUCUCAAGACGAAAUUGACAAUUCGGAUGAAAUCAAAAGUAUCAAUUCGAACCCUGCGGGUUUAGCAUCCUCCUCCCACUAUUCUAAAGACAGCGAUAUUAAAAGAAGGUUGGAUAGUGAUUCAAAUGGUGUCAAGGUGGACUUGUUGCCGACCCCCAAGAAAAUCAGGCUUUUGAAAUCGAACUAUUUCAGGUGUGAAACUCAACUAGCGAUUGCUCUGGAAUCGAUUUCGCAAAGACUAGCACAGGUGCCCACGGAGGCCCGUUUAAGUGCCCUGCGUGCUGAACUGUUGCUUCUAAACAGGGACUUGCCUGCCGAAGUUGACAUACCAGCCCUUCUUCCAGCCAAUAAAAAGGGCAAACUCCACAAAUUGGUCAAUAUCACAGCUAAUGAGGCACAAGUUUUGAAUUCUGCCGAAAAAGUGCCUUUUCUACUUCUUAUAGAAUAUCUCAAGGACGAAAUGGAUUUUGAUCCUACGACAGACGCUAAUGAAAAAGUUCUAAGGAAAAAUCGGACGGAUAACAGCUUUAUUUUUGAUCUCGCUUAUAUUGCGAAGGAUAUGAAUGCUCGAACCGCUGUUAUCGAUGCAAGUGGUGAGAUCAUAGAACCGGUUUCUAAGUUGCAGCCGCACUUCUAUAGUGAAGACUCUUUGUCAAAAAAGUCUGAAGAAGUUGAUCUUGGAGAUAUGUCUGUUGUGCGGCUAACGAACCGCGACGAGGUCGAAAGCUACAGGCGGGAACUGAUGGUUCAAUCGGCCACCAAAGUGCCAGUGAUUCCUGACGACUCCACAAAUAGAAAUCCGGAAUUACAAUUCAUCAAUAAUUGGGAAGACAUCAGUACCAGCCUCGAAGGACUUGAGCUUGACGGGAUUAAAGCAUCUACUGCAGAGAAUCUAGCUACACAAAUGCGCAUCUCCGCCGUGAUGCUUGCACAGCUAGACAAAUCUCCACACCAACUUCAUGGUGCGACAAAUCAAAUUAGAGCAAAAAUUAUCGCGUCAAUGCAAGAGGUACAGGAUAGAUUUGGCUUUCGUGAUUUAGAGGCUAUUCACGGCAUGGCUGGAGAAAGGAAGCUAGAAAAUGAUAUGAAAACAGGUGGUCUCCAGGGAACCAAAAAAGAUACUUCUUAUCUCGGCGAAGACUGGAAUACAAAAAAAGAGAGGAUACGGGCAACUUCCGAAUACGGUCACUUGGAAAAUUGGGAUCUGUGCUCUGUUAUCGCCAAAUCGGGCGAUGAUUUAAGACAGGAAGCUUUUGCAUGCCAAUUGAUUCAAGCUAUGGCCAAUAUUUGGGCGAGGGAGAAUGUCGACGUUUGGGCCAAAAAACUCAAAAUCUUGAUCACGAGUGCCAACACAGGUUUGGUGGAAACAAUCACCAAUGCCCUAUCGAUCCAUAGUAUAAAGAAAUCACUGACGAGCAAAAUGGUGGAGGAUGGAGAGCUCAACGAGAAGGGCCAAAUUGCAAGUUUGAAAGAUCACUUUAUCCGUGCAUAUGGUGAUCCUUCAGGAUUCAAAUACAAGCGCGCGCGAGACAAUUUCUGCUCGAGUUUAGCUGCUUAUUCCGUGAUUUGUUAUCUUUUACAGGUUAAGGAUCGUCAUAACGGUAACAUUAUGGUGGAUAACGAGGGCCAUGUGAUUCACAUUGAUUUCGGGUUCAUGCUUUCCAACUCCCCAGGGUCUGUUGGAUUCGAAGCUGCUCCUUUCAAACUAACGUACGAAUACCUGGAUUUGAUGGACGGCAUCGAUUCCGAGUCCUACAAAAAGUUUGUCACCUUGACUAAGGAAGCUUUUCGCGCCUUACGGAAAUAUGUGGACCAGAUAGUGUCCAUGUGUGAGAUCAUGCAGAAAGAAAACAUGCAGCCUUGCUUCAACGCCCGCGACCAAACUAGCGCGCAACUCAGGCAGCGUUUCCAACCAGGACUGAGCGAUUCGGAAUGCGACGACUUCGUCGAGAACGUCCUGGUUGGCAAAUCGCUAGGUAGCAUCUACACGAGACUAUAUGACCAGUUCCAGCUCGUUUCCCAAGGUAUCUACUCGUAG